AUGCUUGUACAUAGUAAUGAAAGUCGAGAAAAUGUAACAGAUGCAGACAGUGACGUCAUUAUUGAACUCUUAAAUAGUAUUCUUGAGCGUAUUGUAGAAGGAUUUCCCGAGGAAAGUACUUCUAAUGAGAUUAAAUCUAUUAGCGAAGCAGUUCCUGAACCUGCUUGUUUGGACUCCGUCCCAUCAUGUCGUGAAGAGGAGAAACCUAAAUGCUCUGAUGGAACCGCUUCAAGCGCAUCAAGCCAUUCACAAGAGGACUCCGAUCGCGAUAACUUUAAGUUAAAAUCUAUUCAUUUUGAUUCACUCAAAUUUUCAAUCGUUACCCAAAACCUCAAUGGACCCUGCCCUCUUAUUGCUCUUGUCAAUGUUUUAGUAUUAAAAGGCCUUGCACGACUCCCUUCCUCUGGUCAUGUAACCAGGGAUGCUCUUACUCAGCUG